AUGGCGACUACAUUGGAGGAUAAAUCAAUCUGGGAAGAUGGCGAGGAGGCACUUAGCGAAGAAGUAUUACGAAUGCCGACAGAUGAAAUUAUAAGCAGAACUCGUCUGUUGGAUAAUGAAAUUAAGAUUAUGAAGAGUGAAGUAAUGAGGAUAUCACAUGAACUACAAGCACAGAAUGACAAAAUAAAGGAAAAUACAGAAAAGAUCAAAGUUAACAAAACUCUGCCAUACCUUGUUUCCAAUGUAAUAGAACUUCUAGAUGUGGACCCUCAAGAAGAAGAAGAAGACGGUGCAGUAGUUGAUCUAGACUCACAAAGAAAGGGUAAAUGCGCUGUUAUUAAAACGUCGACGCGUCAAACAUACUUUCUACCAGUCAUUGGCUUGGUAGAUGCAGAUAAACUUAAGCCUGGUGAUUUGGUGGGCGUAAACAAAGAUUCUUACUUGAUCUUGGAAACGCUGCCUGCAGAAUAUGAUGCUAGAGUUAAGGCGAUGGAAGUAGAUGAGCGGCCAACUGAACAGUACUCUGAUAUUGGUGGAUUGGACAAACAAAUUCAGGAACUUAUUGAAGCUGUAGUUCUACCUAUGACACACAAAGAGAAGUUUGUGAACCUUGGCAUACAUCCACCGAAAGGAGUACUGUUAUAUGGCCCUCCAGGUACAGGAAAGACCCUGCUUGCAAGAGCCUGUGCUGCUCAAACGAAGUCUACUUUCUUAAAAUUGGCAGGACCUCAGCUAGUCCAGAUGUUUAUUGGUGAUGGUGCAAAGCUCGUUCGUGAUGCAUUUGCCCUUGCAAAAGAGAAAGCACCAGCCAUAAUCUUUAUAGAUGAGUUAGAUGCUAUUGGUACUAAGAGAUUUGACUCCGAAAAGGCUGGUGACAGAGAGGUGCAGAGAACUAUGUUAGAGCUGCUUAACCAACUAGAUGGAUUUAGCUCUACAGCUGACAUCAAGGUUAUUGCUGCAACUAACAGAGUAGAUAUAUUAGAUCCAGCCUUACUACGGUCUGGACGUCUAGACAGGAAGAUUGAGUUCCCUCACCCCAAUGAAGAAGCCAGGGCUAGAAUUAUGCAAAUUCAUUCACGAAAAAUGAAUGUAUCUCCGGAUGUCAACUUUGAGGAACUUUCCCGCUCUACUGAUGACUUCAAUGGAGCACAGUGCAAAGCUGUUUGCGUAGAAGCUGGUAUGAUUGCUCUCCGUAGAUCUGCUACAGCUGUCACACAUGAAGAUUUUAUGGACGCUAUAUUGGAAGUCCAGGCCAAGAAGAAGGCUAACCUCAGCUAUUAUGCCUAG